AAGCUCCUUCACUUCAUUCGGCACGCGCAGGGCUUCCACAACGUUGACGCGCGGCCCAUCCAGCAGCGGGCCGCGGACGCGCGCCUGACGCCAGAGGGAGAGGCGCAGUGCGCAGCCCUCGCCGCGACCGUCGAGGCUGCUGGCCUCAGGCCAGAGCUGAUUGCGAGCUCUCCGCUGACUCGCACGCUGCAGACCGGCGUCAUGUGCUUCCGCGGCCCGGACGGCUGCCCGCCGAUGGCGGCGUGCGAGUCGCUGCGCGAGACGGUCAACUUUCUCUGCGACAGGCGGCGGCCGCUCUCGGAGAUCCGUCCAGAGUUCGAGCAGGUCGACUUUAGCGCGUGUCCGCACGACGAGGAUGCGAUCUGGGCGGCCUACGAGGCGCGGCACGGCCCCGCCGACCUGUACGGCGAGCACCGCGAGCACCGCGACCUGCCCUCGCUGGCGAGGCGGGCGAGGGAGGCCAUCGAGUGGCUCGGAGGGCGGCCGGAGCGCGAGAUCGUGGUGGUGUCGCACCAGAGCUUUCUGCGCGCGCUCUUCAGC